CCCGACCCGGAUAUGAACUGGGUCAGAACUGGACCCGGAUGUUUUUUCAACUUCACUCUUCUCUGUCACAGCCCACCUAAAAAAAAUUGAUUUUCCAGCAAUAUGUGAAAAUGGCAGGAAAAAGCAAAGAGAUGAAAGGAGGAAGAAGAGGGAGGGCGUGCGUGGUGGUUUUAGGUGACAUUGGACGCAGCCCUCGAAUGCAGUACCAUGCUCUUUCACUUGCCAAUCAGGCUUCUUUGGAGGUAGACAUUGUUGCUUAUGGAGGUUCAGAGCCCCAUGCUGCACUGCUUGCCAACCCAUCUAUUCAUAUUUACAUAAUGAAGCAGUGGCCAACAGCCCGUCAAAGCUUACCGAGGAUACUUCAACCCAUAAUGCUUUUGUUGAAGCCCUUAGUUCAAUUUUUCAUGCUUCUUUGGUUCCUUUGUGUAAAAAUACUGUCUCCUGAUAUUUUUAUUGUCCAGAAUCCUCCUUCAGUUCCAACACUGGUGGCAGUAAAAUGGGCUAGCUGGUUGAGAAAUUCAUCAUUUAUCAUAGAUUGGCAUAAUUUUGGAUAUACUCUACUUGGACUGUCUCUGGGAAGGAAUAGUCUUUUUGUCUCUUUAUAUAAAUGGAUUGAGAAGCAUUAUGGGAAAAUGGCGGAUGCUUCUCUAUGUGUAACAAAAGCAAUGCAGCAUGAAUUGGCUCAAAACUGGGGAAUUAAUGCUACAGUUUUGUAUGAUCAGCCUCCUGACUUCUUUCACCCAGCUUCACAGGAGGAGAGGCAUAAGUUGUUUUGCAGAUUAAAUGUGGACAUUUGUCAGCCUCUUGGCGUUAGAGAUUGUGUUAGUAAUGGAUCUUCAUUGAUGGGUGACCAUCUCCAAAAUGAGACUUUGUUUACAACUGAGGUUGGUUCAAACAUGUAUUUGAAGCCAAACCGGCCCGCACUUGUAGUAAGCAGUACGAGCUGGACUCCUGAUGAAGAUUUUGGCAUUCUUUUGGAAGCUGCUUUGAUGUAUGACAGACGUGUUGCUGCUAUAUUAAAUGAAGAUGAUUCACUGGAUGAGGAGGUCAUCUGGAAAGAAAUAGCAGAUGGAAAACAAUCUUUAUACCCCAGAUUGUUAUUCAUCAUUACUGGUAAAGGUCCUGAAAAAGAAAAGUAUGAAGCAAAAAUAAAGAAAUUGAAACUCAAACGUGUGGCAUUUCGUACCAUGUGGCUGACUGCAGAUGAUUAUCCUUUACUGUUAGGAUCAGCAGAUCUAGGUGUUUGUCUGCAUACUUCAUCAUCAGGAUUGGACCUUCCCAUGAAGAUUGUUGAUAUGUUUGGUUGUGGACUGCCUGUUUGUGCUGUUUCAUACUCUUGCAUUAAAGAACUGGUCAGAGUUGACAAAAAUGGUCUUCUCUUCUCUUCAUCUUCAGAGCUAGCGGAUGAACUUCUUAUGCUCUUCAAGGGAUUUCCUGAUGGAUGUGACUCUUUGAAAGUUCUCAAAUAUGGUGCAUUAGAAACUGGUUCUUCAGCAAGGUGGGCUACUGAAUGGGAAGAACAUGCGAAGCCACUGAUAACUGAGGUUAUAUCAAGAUUUUGAUUUUCCUUUCAUUGUUAGGGACGUCUUUAACUUCUCUAGCAGCAAAGUGGUUGAUCUAUUUGUUGACUUGCACCAUGUGCUUAUUGCAUACAGAUUUUGUUUUUUUUGGUAAUUUCCCAGUUGUAUAUAGAAGUUCUCUGAAAAUUUGGCUUUCCAUGAUUUAGGAUUUCAUUUUCUUGUAAUAUGCACUUUGAUGCUGUGGUACAUAUAUUUCAGUUAAAGUAAGAUUAUACUAAAGCUUCAACAUUAGAUCA